CAUUCCUUUCAAGCAACAAUGAUAUCAAAGGCAAUCUCCCUGCCAUUGCGACGGGAGAGAUAAGUCCUUGUCGACAAGGCUCGUGGAGUCGCGUCUGCCAUUCAAGUGACAGACCUCCAGCACGAGACAUCACCAUUCGACAAUCUCUCGUGGAGUCGCGUCCGCCAUCAAGUGACAGACCUCCAGCACGAGACAUCACCAUUCGACAAUCUCUCGUGGAGUCGCGUCUGUCGUCUAAGUGACAGACCUCCAGCACGAGACACAUCGACGGUACAGACAUGACAACCACCACCGUCCACUUCUUCUCUCUUGCUGGCCGCCUCUGCAUCACGCAAGCUACCAAGUUCGCGCAUUCCGCCAGCUUGAGCUUCGCAUUGCUCUCAACAUUAUGGCGCGCGUCACCAUCUCCACCGUCAUCCUAGCAUGAGACCACCGCAAAAAACCAAAAAAAAAAAACGCCACAGCAUGACUUGCUCGGACACACAUAUGCGAAGCCAGCUCAAGUUCACUUCACUUCACCGUCCUCAGAGCGACCAUUUCUUCGGCAAUUGUAUCUGCAAGCCCAGCGACUGCCGACACUUCAGCCUCAUUCAAGUCAUCUCACAUUCAAGCCAUGCACUGCACCCAGAACGAGCUACCAGCAUCAACUCAACAGUUUGCUGCGCAAGUCCCAGCGCUCGUUCUCCUUGGCGAGGUCACUUGAGAGUCAAGACUGUUCUUCAUCGUCAACACAGCUGUCGGUACGCCGCCGCCACCCUUGACAACUUCUGUACGGCUUUGCGAAAGAUUCAUGACGUUGCUCUGUCACAUCACCCAUCGAAGUCAGCGAACAACAACUCUCAGCUUCUUGAUUACCUCGCGCCUCCCAGCCACCACCACCACCAUCGACUUCUUCAGCGCUUUGGUGGGAAAUGAGAAGGCAGGCGAAUCAUGGCUGCAGCAUUGGGUCUACAGAGUUCUCAGCAGGCGCGAAGAUACAGUGUUUGCCGGCUUCCUCUUGAACCAACUUCGAACGCUCAACGAUGAUUACCUUUUCCCAUCUCAACUCUCAGUGAUUAAGGUCUCAACGGUACCGACUCUUUCAGCGCGACAAGACGGCUUCAAGGUAGCAGAUGGCGCGAAGGGAGAGUUUGGAAGGCAAGCAACGAGCGGGGAAAGCAGGGUCAACUGGCAUGGGCGACAAGGCUGAGUCAAGUGUAUGGCGAAGGGAAAGCUCAAUGGUACGAAGGGGUUCUCCAUAGUCACAUCAAGCUAUGAGCCUUUGUCCUCAAUUGCCGUCAUCUUUCACUAUUUGUUUCCC